AUGGCAAAGCCUCUAGAUCACAUCAAAAGACCCAUGAACGCCUUCAUGGUUUGGUCCAGAGGCCAGAGGAGGAAGAUGGCCCAGGAAAACCCAAAGAUGCACAACUCUGAGAUCAGCAAGAGGCUCGGGGCGGAGUGGAAGCUGCUCUCCGACUCUGAGAAGCGUCCGUACAUCGACGAGGCCAAGAGGCUGCGAGCUCAGCACAUGAAGGAGCACCCGGACUACAAGUACCGACCCAGGAGGAAACCAAAGAGCCUCAUGAAGAGGGACCGCUUUCUUUUCCCGCUUCCGUCUCUGCUCGGGGACGCAGGGGAGCAUUUGAAGGGAUUUCCUAUGGAAUCAUUUAUAGUUCCCGGGGAUAAAGCCAGAGCUCUCCUCGCUCCCACUUCUUCUUCCUCCUCCUCUUCAUUUUCGUUGCUGGAGCCGGUGGCGCAGUUCAGCACUGGAGCUGUCCCGCACGCUUUGGCCACCGGCGCUCUGCCCUUCAGCGCGCACACGUUUGGAUUCCAGACUGGAGGGAUUGGGGGUCUGACUUGCCCCGGACAGCACCCACACACUCACACCCACACCCACACACACCCGUCCCCGUCUAACCCGGGGUACCUGAUGCCCUGUAACUGUCCCGCCUGGUCUGCUGCAGGUUUACAGCCUCAGGUGGCUUAUAUCCUCUUCCCUGGAGGAAUGACGAAGAGCGGCGUGGACUCCUUCUCCUCAGCCGGCUCCAGCGUGUGA